AAGGGCAGAUUUGGAAAUCUUGAUUUCCCUGCCCCUGCUUAUGCGAACGGGAGUGGUUCCCAGCAGACCUCCUGGGAGCAUCACUGGAGGUAUAUUAAUGCCUCACCCUGCCAGUUCCUGCAGAUUUCUGCCACAGCUACCUCUUAGCAGGAGUGGAAGACAAGAUUUGGGGUCUCAGCAGCUUGACAAUACCAGAACUUCAUCCUGCCACAUUCCAGUGUCACAACGAAGAGAAAUCACCCACCCAUGGCAUCCACUACACAAUCUAGUUCCCUGCUGUCCCUGCUCUAUCUGGCACUGUUGACUUUUGUGGGGAGUGCUGUGCUCCUUGCUGAGAUGCAUCAGCACAGCUUGCUGAGUCGCAAUGUCCUUACAUUUCUGGGGGCACUUAUGAUUUCGUCCUGCGUCUGGAUGCUCUGGUUUGGCUGGCGCUCCGCCAACAACAGGCAACUGAAAAUGCAUCAGGAUCACCAGGCUGGAGCAAGCUGGUUAAAAGGGGGUCUGUCUCUUUUUGCGUUGGCCACACUGGUUUUGGACUGCCUCUCCUUGGGCUACUACUAUGAGCUGCAGCACUGUGCCUCCAUGCUAAUCACCACCUUCCCUGUUGUACAAGCUGUUUUCACCAUCAUUCAGGUCUCGUUGCUGUUGUUCAAUGCUAAAAUUUGCAUUCAAGAACACCAGCAUAUAAACAGGUUUGGGUUGAUGCACACUUUGGCUACUAAUGUGCUUCUGUGGAUGAAUGUGGUGCUGGACGAAUCUAUGAAGCAGCUAGAAGAAUUUUAUGAUGCUCAGAAGGGAGAGAGCUCUCAGAUUCCUCAUGGCAGCUCCAGCACCAACAGCUGCAUCUGUAUCACCAGCCUGUGCCACAGCUUUUCGGAGGGUGCUGCCUACCUGCAUCCCUUCAACAUUGAGUUCAGCCUCUUCUCUUCUACAAUGUUGUAUAUCAUUUGGAAGAACACUGGCAGGGAAGGUCAUCAUCAGAAGCCCCCAAUAGCUCAGAAGGCACACUUCCACCUCAGUGGGGCUUUUGUGGGACUAAUUUUAGGGGCUUUGGCCAUUUCAGCAACUUUUGGGGUGAUGAUCUCAUUUGGAGUGCUUGCCAAGCUGCCUGAAACCAUUCCUGAAGCCCUUCGAACAUACUACAUCUUCAACUCCAUUUUGUUGUCUGCCAUGUUCUUGGCAACUUUGAUUGGCAUCACCACUUACAGGAUGAAGAAGAAAGGUGGAGAUCCCUCUUCAGAUAAGAGUGUGGUAAGGAACUUAGAUGUCACCUUGCUUCUGGGCAGCUCCUGUGGUCCCCUCAUGGUGUCCAUCUUUUCUUUGGUAGCCAUCUUCUUUCUCCAUACUAGUGGCAGUCUCCAUCUUCUGGACUUCUGCUUCUCUCUCUGUAAGACUAUUCAAAUACUGGGACAGAAUCUGUUCAUUACUGAAGCUUUGUACUCCAGCCCUUACCAUGAUGAAGCAGAUUCUCAAGAUAAUACUGAAUUUGCUGGUAGCACCUGGGUGUUUUCCAUUUCUAGAUGUCCUAUGGAGCAAAACAGCAAUGGAUCUUUCUCCAAAACUCACACAGUGACCAACUUCAUGGCCAAUUUAGACAGUCAGAUAUCUCAGCACUUGAAUGACUAUGAUGGCGACCAACCCCAAUUCCAAAUUCUCCCUUCUCAAGGAGAACCUAAGAAACCAAGCAUCAGAAGAAAAAUUCUACAAAACAUCUCAAUUCUCCUUAUCUUCUACAACAUCUCGGUUUGGAUUCUAUAUGCCUAUGGCACGCGCCCACACUUGGUAAGCCAAAUUGAGCAGUCUUUCUAUGGUUUCACGCUCUGGGCCAUUGUAGUCAAGAUCUCCCUGCCACUGGGCAUCUUCUACCGCAUGCACUCCGUGGCCAGUCUCUUUGAAGUCUACUGCAAGACAUGUUGAAUAAGUGCCAGCCUUGAAGCAAUGAAUAUAUCUUAUCAUCAUGGGCAAAGUAUGACCAACAAUAGACAUUUCAAGGAAGCUAAGAGGAGUCGUCCUUCACAAAGACAGACUUGCUGUGUCAACUAGCAUUGCACCAACACAGUUUAUGUCUAGCCUGCUAUUUGUACAAGUGGGAGUGUGUGUUGUGAUUGAGUGAAGACCUGAACUUAUAUCCAAUCAGUACAAUCAGCAGUCAUCUGUUUGCCUUGCAUCCUUAACACUUAAUGUCCUGGGCAUCAAGCAAAAAUCUGCCAUUUGGUUAUUGACUUUGGCAUAGCCCUUUAAAAAGAGAGAGAAUGUCUUCUGUUAAUGGGCAAGUCACUUUCUGAAUGGUUGUAUAG